CAAAAAAGAAAAUUAUCUAGAUUGGUAGCAGUUAUUAAAAUAAUUAUACCGCUUGUUGCUCUCUUCAGAGCUUUCGAAGUUCGGACAUCUGUAUGUUACCACCAGCACCAGCAGAGACAACCGAGAUAUAGAAAAAGAUAACAUAGUAUAAGUAUAAUGAUAACUCAAUGAUGUAAAACAUACUCAUUCAGCUGUCAUCGUUAUCACUAAAUAAUAAUUACACCCGUAAUGUUAUUUAUAAAUUGUCCAGUGGACUCUCUCGAGUUAAAAUCAACAAUGUCUCUAGAGGAUGAUAAAAGUAUAAAUCUGUGUUGUUUAAAUUUAUCAUACGAGUGCGCUUGAAAAAGUCUAAAAACAAUACUUAUUUUAUUUUUUUUUUUCGUUUACUAGAAAAAUGUGUGUCAAGUGACGUAGUUGUUGUUGCUCCAAGACGUUAUAUCAAUAAUAAAUGUCAUCGUUAAUGUUUAUUUGUAAAUUUCUCAACAUAUUCAGUUGCUGAGUUAUAUAUUUUUACAAUAAUUAUCCAGGCCAUGAUUAUUAGUUUUUUAUUUGGAAUAUAAACAUGGCCGCUCGUGUGUUAUGUGACAAAUGUUUUUUUAUGGUAUUACGUGAAACAUAGCAACUAAAUUUAUAAAUGACAUUUAUUUUAAUAAAAUAUGCACCAUCGAGACCCAGGCUGGUGUCUGGGUGAGCAAUGAACGUAUUAAGGAUUUUAAUACCGUGCGCGUUGCAGCGAGGCGAAGAAAGUGACGUUAACAAUAGAACUGGGUGCUGGUCAUCACUAGGAAAAAGGAAUAAUAAUGAUGAUGUACGUAUGACCCAUAGGAUGGGAGCAUCGGCCUCUUCGAAUCUAGCCGCUGUCGGUGGUGACCCGAUACAAGCGGCAAGACUUUCAUCUUCUGGAAAUCCGGAUCAGUUCAACAUCGGCAUCAGGGAGCGAAAAAAGAAAGUAACUGGUUUCGCGACUCUAAGGAAGAAGUUCAUCCGGAGACGGCGCUCGUCAAAGGCAUGUGACCACGGGCGAGUGAUACGCGAGCUAGUGUCGACCUGGAGUCCGCUGGAGGCGUCAGCACUGCUUGAGGAGUAUGAGGCUCUCGCUGCACUUAAAGACCUUCACGUACAAGCAGAAUUGGCGCGCCCACCGGCAGCUACUUUCAAACAAGACUUGUCAACUUUGUAUGACUACAAACACUGUACGGACGUUGAUCUAGUCUACCGCGGUGCGUGUUUUCCCGUGCACCGCGCACUACUGUCAGCAAGAUGUCCGUACUUCCGAGAGCUGCUGUCGGGAUGCCCGGGCUAUGGAGCGCGAAUAUGCUUGGAGUUGCGAACGCCGAAUCUAGAAGUCCAUAUGUUCUCGGCACUACUGCGUUACCUGUACACUGGAGACAUUUGUUCCCAUGACACAUCGUUGGAUCCAAGUCUGCUACGGCGGCUGGGUGAAGAAUUCGGAACUCCGAACCACUUGGAUCACGAUCUCCGUUACUUGCUGGAUACUGGGGAUUAUGCAGACGCGGCGCUAGUCUUCACGUCUGACGGCGACUACCAACGACCUGACAGUGGCAGCUCCGAGUACGGAUUUCGUCCGAAACUCGAGCUGCCCUGCCACAAAGCAAUUUUGUCAGCUAGGUCAACAUUCUUCCGCAACCUCAUACAACGACGGACGCGUUCUGGUGAAGAUCACACUGAGCGGGCGCUUCAUAUACCUACAAGAAUUGUCUUGGACGAGAGCGUUAUUCCUAAAAGAUACGCGCGAGUGCUUUUGCAUGCCGUUUACUUGGACACUGUGGACCUGUCGUUGAUAUUGAGAGGCAGCGGUUGCGGGAGCAGUACCGGGAGUCUCGGUGAAGUACAAGCGUUAACACAUACCGGGCGAAUGCGGCCAAGUCCGCUGGAAGAAGCCAUGGAGCUGUACCAAAUCGGGCGGUUUCUAGAGCUUGACAUUCUGUCCCAAGGUUGCGAAGACCUAAUUCUAGAGUGUUUAACCCAAGAAUCACUGCCUACUGUCCUGAGGUGGGGAAGUCAACCGCACGGCUCGGCAUGGGUCCAUAGACAAGCGUUGCACUUUCUCAGAGAAGAGUUUCAAUCGAUAGCUUCAUCGCCAGUUCUAUUUCAGUUAGACCACGUACACCUAGCUCAGUCUCUGCAAAGUCAUUUUCUCCAGGCAAGCGAGCUGGAAGUACUUCAGGCCGUACUAAAGUGGGGCGAGCAGGAGCUGGUGCGACGCAUGGAAGAUCGCGAGCCAAAUAUACUCAGCCACACCGUGCACUCUGUCACACGCAAAGGCGUCAAGAAACGCGAUCUCAGUGACAUCGAGCUACGGGAAAUUCUCAGCGAACUUUUACCUCUCGUCAGAAUGGACCACGUGCUUCCACCCAAUAACGAAAUCCUCACUCAGGCUAUAAGAAGAGGCCUGGUAUCAACGCCGCCGAGUCAUAUGAUCGGCGACGAGCGUGAAAAUUUACGAAUCAACGCGUGGAUCAGAGGAGGGAAAAGAAAUGGACUAUUUAUACGGCCUCGUUUAUUCAUGCCCUACUAUGAGGAAAUAAAGAGUCUAGUCGAAGAACACAUGGUACAAGAAGCAGAAUUAGUUAGAUUAAGAAGGGCGCGAUACAUUCCCGACAUACCAGAUACAUUGUACAUGGUAGAUGAGAAACCGCGAUCAAUGGGCACUGCUGGUGUUGAUGUUCUCGCCGCAGCUCUUCCUGUUCCAGACGCAGUAACAAUGUCAGCGAUGUUGAAACGGGAGCAAAAACUUCGUCAGUCUCCAAGCUGUCAACGCGCUAUGACUCUACCGUUAUCUUGCCGGCACGAGAUCAGCAGACAAGUGAGACUACGCGUCGUACGGGAGUUCAAUUUACCUGACGCGGUUGCCGAUCUCCUUGAGAAUGCUGCGUGCUACAAUGCUGAGCAAGAAGAAUCCAUGACGGACAUGGAAAACAUGGAACCAGUUAGCACUGGAAGUAUUAAUAUUAGCAGUACUUCUGCAGCAUGUUACGGCCGAAAUAUGACUUUCCCGCGACCAAACUCCUCAUAUGGAAUUAGACACGAACUUCCUGCUGUGGUUACUGAGGGAGAGAAUUACAGACUUCCAGGAGAGCCGUCACCGAACAAUCAAUGCAAUGACGGGCACUUAUCGGGCAUAAUGCCUGACGUAGCGAUGGCAACAGCUUCAUUCGGAGCUCUCCAGCUAGCAGAUCAGCAAGAACUGGAACUUGAUCUCGGAGACGGUGCGUCGCAUCUCCUGCAUCCCGGGCCGGCACCCGGUUCUGCCGGAGUCCAUCACCCACUGCUUCCUCACCAGAGGCAAAGACACUACGCCGGGCUUCCACCGCAUCCUUACAUGUAUCAUCGUUCCAACACCGGCUUACCGAGGUUCAUUUGAAACCACCCGUAUACCAACAUGUAUUCAAAAAAUAAUAAUUAAUUAAUUAAUUGUGUAAUGGUGUGAUUACUGCGUCGCGUGCGUCUGUGUAAAUAAAAUACAGUUAUAGAAAAAAAAAAGGAAAAAAUUACCGAUGACAUUUAAGCACAUAAGUCUUAUAAUGAUUACUAUCAUUAUUAUUAUUUGAUGUUUUGUUUAUUUAAAACAAUUGUCAUCAACUAAGACUUUUAUUUGCUAUUUAGUAUUUCUACAUGACAUUUUAAUUUUUUUUACUCAUUUAUUUAUAUUGUUUUAAAUCUUAAUUACGGGUGGCUGUUAUUUUAUUUUUUUCGUUCUAAAAUUGUAGAUUUGUCGGUACUUGUAGCAAAGUAUAUUACAUAACUAGUAAUAAAAAAAUAAAAAAAAAAAUUGAAUGAAAUGAAAUGACAAGAAAUGAAUAAUAGAAGACAAAAGAAAAAAAAUAUAUAUAUAAAUAUUGUAAUUGAUCGUAAGUGUAUGAUAUAAGACUGCAUGUUACGUCGAUCACAAUGACAAUUUUACGUUAAUGGAUGUACUGACUAGACUGUGAGACUAGUUUAUUGUUAGCUAUCAAUAAUAGUAACAUUUGUAUUGGACCAAUUUAACUAUUAUUGAUUAGAUCGUUAGUAAAAGAUAAUAUUAUUAUUAAUUAUGACUACAUUUGAUUGUAAUUUAAACUGAUGCUGCAUUGACGUGUAGAUUUUUAAAAUAAUAUAUUCAUAUUUUAUCCAUUUUUAUUUAGAGCUUAAAUGUCUGUGUAGAUUAUCGGGCGGGUUUCAAAUUAUCGGUAUCUUCUCUUCGGUAGCUAAAUUCGUAUCUGUGCAAUAAAUUUAUUUCAGAUUUGCCUUCAUUUUAUUUGUUUAUUAUUACAGGAGUAAACUUGGAGUGAAUGUGGAUUUUAUUUGUCAAAAUUUAAUCCGUCACUCGGAGUUCCGGAGUUUUUAAAAAAGUUACUCCGCGUACGGAGUAAAUACGAAUUUUUUUUUCAGCGGAGUAAUUUUUAAAUGACGUAAAUUUAAUUUCAAUCCAGAAAUUUAUUAUUAAAAUAAACUCGGGAUUAAAUAAAUAAAAAAUAAUCGCUUCCGGAUUUAAUCCGCGAUUACUCCGCAAAUUUUUAACAAUCUGUCAUCAUAAUAAAUAAAAUUGAUAGUUUAAUUUUUAAAUGCACUUUUAGAUUAUCCCGUUAGACAAACUCGAGACAUUUAAACUCUAAGCAGAUUUAAAUGCGGGUAAUUAUGAAAAAUAUAGUGUACCGUCACACAAUUUACUAUUUAAUAAAUAGUAAAAUGAGUAAACGCUUUGUUUCAUUGUUUAAAUUUAUUAAAAAAAUUACUUCUAAUAGAUUUUAAAUGAAUUUGUAUUAAGUAGACUUGUUGAAAUUUAUUUAAAAUUGUUUUUGUUUUAAUAAUUCGAAAUUAUAGCUUUAAAUUUAAUAGACUCAAAAAUAAUAUCCAGUGUCACUAGUUAAAUAAUUAAAUAUUAGGUGACUGCAUUUAUUUUAAAUUUUAGUUUUUAAGUUUUUAUAAACCGUGUUCUCAAUUCUUUAGACUAAAUUUUUAAACAUGUACUCUCUUUCAUAUUAAUUUAUGGUUACAUUAUUUAUAAGGCGGAAUACUAUUUGCGUUUGACACUGCCAAGAAAUGCAGUUUUAUUGAGUAAUAGUUUCUUUAAAAAAUCUAUAAGAGUUUUGUUGUAAAUACGUCGAACCUAGAGUUUGAAAGA